CAGGUCUACCUGGUCCUGCCUCUAGGUGCACAAAGGAGUACCCCUAGGUGUAUACCCUAGACAUCAGAAGUACUAGGAACUGUAGAUGAUGAGCUGUGGUGAUUUUUGUGGAUGCUAUCACAGAAUGGUGCUGCAUGCGAUAGUUUUGUGAAUGUAGCAGACAAGAAAAACAGUGGGCACAGUGAACUGAAAAUUGCACUUUUCAAGUGCGCCUUGUGCUGGUUGGGUUUUGGAUUGACCACACCUGGCAGACGCCAUGAGAAAGCUGCUUGCCACUCAGAUGAUGUAUGCCUAUGGUUUUGUAGAGCAGUCUUUUAACAGCUUUUUGAUGGGGAAAUCUGGUAAACACAUUUUCCUGAUCAUUAAUCUUUUGUGAAAAUUUAUCAGUCACAUCACUUGAACAGUAUCUUCGGACUAUGUGUUGAGGGUAGGAGCUGUGCAAGCAUUGGAAUAGAGAAGACGCCUGCUAACUUACAGAAGUUAGAGCAUUGCCAGAAAUCAUGUUCAAACGUCAGGGAGUUAGCCUUAUCAACUUGUGAGCAUGGAAGUGUUAAAAUGGAUUUAAUUGAACAUUUUCAGCAGAUGGAACUGUGCUACUGUGUCAUUUCAUCAGCAUAAAUUUGCUGUAUGUACCAUUGAAUUACAAUUUUAAGGUCCUGUAUGAAGAAAAGUUUUCACAGGAUUUCCUUAGAAUUUCCUUGUGAACAACAAAUUUGAGUUGUAAAUUUUACUGUGCACAUUAACAGUGAAGGUAGUUUUCUAUAAUUGGAAGUUUGCAUUUGUACAAUUUCUAUUUUUUGCAAAGUUCCCAUCACAUCUGCUAAAGAUGUCAGUCUGUUAAGGGCAGCAAAACAUAAUGCCCUAUGAAGUCCUUCUUAACUUAUUCUGAAGGAUUCAAGCAAUUUUGGAACUUGCAGGUGACACAAAUUGGUUUAAGACAGCAGCAAAUGAUACCAUCAGCGUUUCAGUGAUUGGAUUUUAAAAAAACUUUCAUCAGUGUGAGUCGUCUUUUCAGUUCUUUAUUAUGUGACAUCAAUGUGUGACAUGGAAACCUGAGAGCAGGAUUGUCAUUUUCUCAUGCACUUCUGGGGAAUUCCUCAAGUCUCAACAUAAGAUUGCAAAGUUGCACUGUCUAAAGAAGAUGGCACUGAACAUUCACACAAGCAUGGGCAUUUCCUGUUUUCCAUUCAGCGAAAGUUCCUGUAAUCUCAGCAGCAUCACAGGGUCUGUGGAAAGUCUUGCCCUCGAUCAGCUUGAUUCUGCAGAACAGGAGUCCAUCGUCUCAGAUCUCAUUCUUUCUUUAGAAUCACUGUCUGCCAAACUGCGAGCAUCAAUUUCAUGGAUUUUGACCAAGGCUUAUGGAAGCAACAUACCAGAAAAUAUCAAAGAUCCCUUCUAUGAAAAUGCAAUGGGUCACUUGCAAGUCAAACCACAGCUAAUCAACCUGAUGAUCUCAAGUGAGCUGUAUUGCCAAGCCUGUUCAAAUAUGUUUUCAGACACUUCUUCACAAUGGCAAGGUCACUGGAGUAUCAUACAGGUGCUGUCUAGAAAGGGAAUCUAUGUUGCACAAGCAGGUGAUGCCAUUGUCACAGAGACAAUGCUCAUGCAAAAUGCACCCUUCAGAGUGUCAGCCCACCUUGCAUUGAUUGAUGCUUUAAUGAAAGCCUAUGCCAGUGAGAUAGCCAGUGUAGAGAGGGUUGUACAAGCAGUCAGGAGGUUCACUAGCUUCAAUGCUUCAAGUGAACUCCCCACAGGCUUAGAGGAGACAGUCCUUUUCUGGAUCAACAAGGUAUGCACAGCUCUCUCUGAGCAUGUUGAGACGGACAUCAUACAAGGGGAGACUAGUCAGAAGGUGCGAAUAGUGAGCAAAACAACCCCACGUGAGCCACGAUGCAUUCCCAAAAUGGAAGAUCUGAUCAAAGACAUAAGUGAUGGAUGCAGUGUUGCAGCAGUGAUUGCUUUUUACCAGCCAGAUGCUCUCAGCAUUGCAGAUGUUUGCCUGAAGGAGAAUGUAGGUAUUGCAGACUCCCUGUACAACCUGAGACUUAUUCGAGCUUUCUGCGAACGCUACCUGGUGUUGAAAUGUUUUCAUUUUACAUAUGAAGAUCUACUGUACAGCCAUGAAAACAUGCAUGACAACAUCCUGGUCUUUCUGGCAGAAUUGUUCUUCUUAUUAGAAGCUGCCGAGCAGGGAGAGGGACGAAGGGAGAUUCCCUCAGAAGCAGGUCACAUGUCAGGGCGGCGACUACCCAGUCCCAGUAUCCCACAGGUUAGCACAGUUACGAAGCGCAGUUUCCAGAAAACAGAGGAUGGGCGACACCAUUUGGAAAAAAAUGCCUCUGUAAUUCCACCUGCAAGACAGCCAUUGCUUCAAAAGCGUGUCACUGGUCGAAGUGGAAUUGCAGACACCAGCUUGGAUUUCAGCCAGCGACAGUCCAAACGUUCCAAUUCUCUAAGCUCACCUCAAGAAAGAGAUGUCAUUAAACGAUCCUUGAUUGCUUGGCAAGAUGAUCAAGACCUAAAACAAAGGUCAAGUCAAGGUAGCAAUCUAUUAGGAAAUGUCUCCAUGGAUUGGGAAGAUACAGCUGUAGAGACUGAUGUUGACCCUGUUUCCAGCGUAGAGUUGGCACAGUUUGAAACCACAGGUAGGCGCCAGGUGUCCAGGCCCAACCUUAUGGACCCCAGCCAUCCUGAGUUCAUGGAGCUCACCAGUGUUGCUUCCUGUUACAGUACCAGUCCUUCUGCUCGUUCUGCGGAUAAGCAUGAACCUCUAAUGCCAGCCAAGCUUCGGCCUGCAAAAGAAAAAAUUUCAAACCACACUAAAGCCGAGGAGAGAGGAGACCACACACCUAGAAAAAAGAUGGUGUCACCAACAAAGAUCAUGAAAGGCAAAACUUCACCAACUGGAAGCUUGCCUCAGGUGACAACUCCUCCAUCAUGCACAGAUACUGUUUCUCAGCAUUCCAGUGGAUCAUCGAUGGAUGAAACAGUAGUUACUCCUCUUGCAUCAGCAGACCUGUUAACACCUCGCAGCUCAGACGGUGUAACUACUGACUCUGAUUCCUCAGCACAACAGCUUCAGUCCAAAACACCUACAAGAACAGGGUACGAAGCAUUCACCAUCCCACCUGCCCCCUCCACAGAAAUUCCUUCUUAUGCUCACCAGCGUCCAGUUUUUACCAAAGUGGUCGAGCCCACUGCCACCAGUUACACUUUAGAGAGCACCGUGUAUGACUCUCAGAGUGCUAGAGAGGCUGGUCUUCCUGUCAUUGGGCACAGUCUGUCAGAAAUGGCUCCAGACAGCGAUGUUGUGCUGCAGCGCUACAGGACCUCGCGAGAAGGAAGCGUGACUAGCAGCCGGAGCUCUGGUGAUUUCUCAGACCAUGAGUCGCACAAGAUACAUCAAGACCACAAGGCCAGAGAGUCCCUCAAGCACUCUUCUUGUGAUCCCCAUAGGCUACAACAACAGGUGCCACAGACUUCCUCACAUUCCUCUAGCCCUCUUCCAUCUUCCCUUGUUGAACUGGCAUCAUCACCUCUCAAACAGAGCCAAAUAAUCACAGAUCACUUGCCAAAGCCAGGGGAAACACCAGAGAUGCAGAAAAAGCCAGGCACGACCAGCUUUGCUGAGAUUCGACGCUUGAAAGCUCUUGGGAGUGUGGACAAUUCUGGUGUAGUAUACAUGCAACAUGGACAAGAAGCUUCUGGUGCAGGCAGUGAGCCUCAUCCUUCAACACCGAAGACAGGGUCUGGCCAGAAAUCUGAGGGUGUCAAAAAAGCUACUUUUGCCCGACUGCCCAAUGAGACAACAUGGCAGCAGAGUGCUCUCAGAAGUAUGGCUCAGGCUUCAGCAUCUUCAGGCAUAUCUGAUGCAUCAGCCAAUGGAGGAGAAAUUGAGCGACCACCCAUUUCAGAACUUUCUCAGCUUCGGAUGAAGCUGGAAGAGAAGAGGCGAGAGAUUGAGCGAAAAAAGCAGAGACAGGAAGUGCAGACUGCAAAAAUAAGGCAAAGGCUGGGAAAGGCAGCAUUUAUGCGGGUCAUAUCCAAGCACGAUGAGCCAGGCAGUGACUCUGUAGGCCUGGAGCAGACAACCAUAGGACAGCUAGCUACAGGACGUCCAAGUGUACGCCAGCCAACCAUAUCGCCGUUAGCAACUACAGACACCACUGAUGGCAUACCUGCUUCCACACCCAGGCUUACUCAGGCUCUGCUUCAGGAGCGUUUAGGACAAGUAGUUGAUUCUCAAGGUGAUGCACCACGUCCUACCUCCCUAACAACAGUCAUGUCUGGGUCUGCUUCAUCUUCAGCAUCAACCUCUGCCACUGAAUCACCCUCUGACAGACCAGGUCGUCAGUUUUCAAGAGAAGGGAUCCAGCAGACCAUCGACGGGGUGCGAAGGCGCUGGUUUCAUGGGAGUGACCCUGAAGGAGAGUUGAUACAUUCUCGGACUCUUUCCGAUGAGGAGAUUUCUACUCCGUUGAAUGAUAUUUUCCAGGGAGAUAUGGUUCGUAGCUCUCCCCCUUCCAUCGCAGCUGUCAUGUUUGGAACAACAAAUAAGGGACCAUCAGGCUUGCUGCAGGAUGCAGGACAAUCUACCAUAGAUGCUUAUCAGCAUUCAAGAGAGUCGAGUCAAUCACCAAAGCAGACACCCGAACGUCGAGACUCUGCUGCCAGAACAGAACAGGAGCCAUAUGACGAGUCCUUGAAUCGAUUGAACCGAAGCUUAACAGAGCUGCAAGGGGAGAUCAAGCGGCUCACACUGCAACAAGCACAGUUCCAGUCCACGCAAUCCCCUCAAGAGUCUGGGCUAAAUGAUCUGAAUUUCUCCUUGCCUCAGCAGCAGCACCUGCAGCAGGAGAAAACAGUUCGUGUUCAUCCCACCAGACAGUUGUCUCAACCCACCGACUCAUCUCUAAAUCAUUCUGCUUCUCCUGCCUUCAUGCCAGCCUAUGAACCAUCUCCAGGUCUGCCUCCUUUUUCUUCUGCAGUCACGAGUGGCCAACCACAAGAUUCUCAAACAGCUUCCUUCACUGAGGAGGACUCAGCAGGAAAUGGGUUUUUUGUGUCAUUCUCAGAAGACUCCACUCCAAGGCGACCGAAGCCAAAGUUAGGAAAAGACAAAGACAGUGCAAAAAGAGACCAGAGUGACCUCCCUUUGUUGGCAGUGGAUGGUGGCAGGAGCAUGACUCCUAUUGCCAUCACUCGCAUGGCAUCAGAUGGAGACAUGGGAAGCAGCCUCUCUGGAUCCCACCAUUCCUUGCAGUCAGGCUCGGACGAGAGCUCUAAUGGUGUGGGCUUCAUUAUCAGCCAGGAUCCACCACAGGCAGACCUGACCAAGGAUCAAGAAAUGCAGCGCAAGAAAGAGCGGUUGAUACAGCAGCAGCUUCGUCGCAAGGAGCAACAAGAACAGAAAAGACAAGAGAAGGAGACAGAGAUGGCCCGCAAGCUGGAGCAGAAAAUGUUGAAAGAGGAGGAACAAGAACGAAAGAAGGCUGAAGAGAAAGCACGGAGAGAAGCUAUUUUCCAGCAGUAUUUGCAGAAGAAGCUAGAAAAAGAGGAUGAGAAAUCGCCAUUACCAACAUCUGCCCCAGUCCCAAGGCGGGAGCAGCCAAACGUGCUCAGACCCGUCCUGUUUCCAUGUUUGCCAAGCCUCGGCCAGUCCCUGCAGACCGCAUUGGGAAGUAUGUUCUGCAGGAACUGCUAUCAUAUGCUUCUUUUGAGGGUAAUUUCAUUUAGAAACGUUUGCUGCACUGGGUGGUGUGCCUUUUGCUGUUUAGUGUUAGCUGACGCAGUGGUUGAUCGGUUUGCGGCUGUUUUAUUCUUUUGUUUUUUGGUUGCCUCAUUUUCUCCUUGCUUGAUUUCAGCCUCUUACUCUCCCUUCCGCUUAAACCCGAAAUCUAGAGGGAAUAUGCGGAAAGCAGUCUCCUGCAACACCUUGUCACAGAAUGGUGGGCAGGGAGCAGCCACAUACCGGAGACCACCUUCGCCAGACCUCGCACGCCUUAAGCGGGGCUCAGGACCACGCAGCUGUGACAGCAGCAGCGAGACAGGCUCACACUCAGGCUCCAAUGCUUCAGAAUACUCAGGUCCCAAGCUGUAUGUGAAACCCAGCUCUAAGUCCAACCGUCACAUAAUUAUCAACGCUAUAAGUCAUUGUUGCUUGGCAGGCAGCGUCAACACAGACAUGAAGAACAAAGUGUUGGAGGAAAUUGCUCGGUCGAAUGUCAAACAUUUUCUCAUCCUUUUCCGAGAUCAUGGGUGCCAGUACAGAGGCCUGUACAGCUAUGACCCUGAUGGUGAAGAAGCAUUUAAAAUCAUGGGAGUGGGUCCACGACAGUUGUCAAAUAACAUGGUGGAGCGAUUCUACAAGUACAACUCUGGUGCCAAAAGUUUUACAGAAGUUACAUCUACAAAACAUUUGUCUGUUUCCAUCGAUGCAGUUGUUCUUCUCAAUGUCUAUUGGAAAACAAAGGCCACAGCACCCACACGCCGGUAGCGUCAUCGUGGACCCAGAAUGCUUUUCUUGCCAACAGGGAGGGGUCAUUUUAAUGUUUGCUUUGACAUUAAAUGUUGCUGCCAUGUGAUGCCAGGUAGGCCAAACACAUUGCUGCUGUUACCAGUUGCUGCUGCACAUAUCCAAAGCAAAUGAUAUUGUAUUACUGGCAUAAGGUGCUCAGGGUCCACAGACGGGAGAGGAUUCACAUCCCAGCAACACAGAUGGAGAAUUAAUCAAAAUAGCUGAUUGGAAAACAAAAAGUGAAAUGCAGGUUGGAGCUUGAGCUCUUGUGGCAAUUUUUUGUGGUUGUAUUUGCCUUGAACUUUGUUUACCCUUAUGCUUUUGAUACAAAGAGGUCUUAAAGAUUACUAUGUGGUCCAUUUUUGGUAACUGUGCUGAUGCACAAAAGGUGGAUUUUUAUGUGUAUUUUUGUUCUUUAGGUUGUGACAGAUGAAGUCUGGUUGUUUAAUCGUGACAAACUGUGGACUUUGCAUUUUUUUAGUCGUUGAAAGCAUGUCAUUAUUUAGACGUUCGCAAAAGGCUUUGCAGAAUGGAAGGCAUUAAAUAGACAAGUGAGGGUCAUUGGCUGUCCAGCAGCUUAUAUCCAAGGCAUUCUAGACUAGUUCUUUUACAAAGAUGAUGGCCAACUGAAAUGUCAUAGCUUAUAUGGCUUUGUAUGAUCCUUGUUUGUAGCAUGCAUAAACUGAAAACCACCCAGUUAAGACUGAGAAAUUAAUUCAGUGUGUUUUAAAUGUUGAUAUUGUAAUUUUUACACUUAAAAACCAGUGAGGGCUAUUUAAUCUGUUCAGCUGUGAGAUUCUGAAUUUUUGUUAUAUUGACCCACCAAAAAAAGAACAGAGAGGGUGCUGGAGAGGAAGGUGCUGGUGGGCUUUUCAGAAUGCUAGAUGUGUCGUUUAGAUAAGCUACAUGAGUGAUUAUUUCACCACAGGUGAUUUGAUGUGCAGGUAUAGAAACUUAAGGAUGCAUUUAUUUUUAUUAAACAGUGAUCUGUGUGUUCUCAUCUGAGCCAGUGAGGCUCUGUGAGUAAUGGGUAACUAAAGAACAGUUAUAGUGUUGUGGGCUUUGGUUGUGUAAAAAGUGAAGGGCAAAUAUGUUAAGCAUUGUGAGAUUCAUAUUUUAAAGCAGUUUGUGCUAAAUGUAGCCACACAAAUGAUUGCUCAAAUGCCCAUCGUGAGAUUACCAUUCACUUUUGCUUUAAUAUUCCACCAUAUUACAUUACUUAAUAGCUGCGUUGAAAUGAUUCAGUAUUAGGAUAUGGAGCAUGAUAUACAAACGUUAAAUUAACUCUGUCUGGAGUUGUUAAUGACUCUGUAAUUUGCGGUCACAAGUGUCUGAAAUAGACUGUUGAUGAAAACUUGAUUACAUGUCAUAACACGGGGCCCAGCUCGUGACUGUAGUCUUGCAACCUUUGGUCUGCAAUAACACAACAGCAGCCAGAUUUAUUUAAUAAAUCACCUAAGUCCAGUUUGCUUAAUAUAGCAAACCAGACAGCAAGAUCUUGGUGCUAUUUGUAUCAAUAUUGAAAGUGAGGCUGUGAAAUCAGUAAUGAAUUCACAAUCUGUAUGCCCUUCGUACCUCACAGACUGCAGCAGUCGUAUUUCUUCCACUCUCUGCCCCUGCAGAAUAGGAUUCACUGUCAACUUCUCAACCCCUUUCGCCUUUAUCUCGCUGUUGCACUGGCAUGUGCUAGCCGGUCUGUUUUUAGUGUGCGCAGUCUGUGAUAAAAAAAAAUGCCCCUUUCAAUUAACUGUGCUGUCUGUAGCUGGGGGCUGCCUUGGGAUUUCCGUGCCUUUGCGACAUGGACAGACAGGUACCAGUGUUCUCCAGUAAGUCCUGGGGACAAGGUGGCAUCGCACACACUACAGAGUGGCCGCGUCAGUAAUAUGGAAUGCUUGUUUUGUGUCGUACAUUUGCAUGGAAAGCUUUUUUAGUGCUUUUGUAUUCAUAGCAUUGAUAUUUAUAAAAAGCCUCAGCUGUGAAAGUGAAAAAAUUGACAAAUGUGUGUUUGAUUAAUGAUUACAUUUAUUAAAUUCAUUCCACAAAAAA